AUGACUGAUGCAAAUGAAAUCAGAGCUAGACGGUUAGCUCGAUUAAAUGCAUUAGCAGCAACUUCUAAUAGUAAUACUACACCACCUCAACAACCUCAAGAACAAUCAAUCGAUUCAAGUCAAUCUCAACAAUCAAUCAGCAUAUCCACUCAAUCUCAACCAUCAACAGCAACAACAACAACAGACCCUGAAAAAGUCAAUGAACCUAAGACUCCAAUUGAAAAUAUAAUUCCCCCCAAGGUCCCUUUGAUUGAUGUAUCUGAAGAAGAUCAUUUAUCAGAUUGGAUAACUCAAGAAUUAGAAUAUUUAUUCCAAGCUACAUUAAACCCUGAUAAACAAAAACAAUUUAUAUUUUUAAAUAAUUUAAGUUAUGAAUUAAAAUCAGAUCCAUCAUUAAGAUUAAAUGAAGAUCAUAUUGAAUCAAUAUUUAUGGAAAUAUUAACUGAAUUAGGUAUACCAACUUCAAUUGCAAAAAUUCCAAUUGAAUAUUUAUAUUUAGUUUAUCAUAAUGCUUUUAAGACUAAACGAUUAAUCCCAGUUAAAUCACCGUUUUAUCAACAAAAAAUCAACUUUUUAAAUAAAGUAAUUAAUUUUGCAACUAAUUAUGGGAAUAUUUGUUUACAAGUUCCUGAUAUGUUUAUUAAAAAUGACAUUUAUACAUCACUUGAUUUUUUCAUUAGAAGAUUUGCUGAUACUUCAUCAUUUUUAAUUGAUAUUAUUAAAAUUACAAUUGAAGAAGAUACAUUAUUAGAUGUAUUGAAUUUAUUAUUUCCUUAUUUAAGUGGGAAAUUAUAUUCAACAAAUUUAAAUGAAAGAACUUAUUUAAAUCUUGUAUCAAUUUUCGAAACUUUAGUCUCCAUAAAACCCGUGGCAGCCAUAUUUUCUCAAAUUACUGGGUUUCAACCUCCACUGAGACAAAAUGGUCUUGAUUUUGAACAUAAAACCUUAUUAGGUCCAUUAUUAAGAUUAUCCCCCUUGUUGGAUAAUAUGGCAACUUAUUAUUUUGGUGAUAAUAUAGAACAAAUGUCCCCUAAUCUGAUUUCAAAUGUUUAUCAAUCAAUUCAAAAUGAAUAUAAAGUCAUUUAUGAACGAUUAUUUUCAAUCAUUGAUAAAUUAAUUCGAGGUUCUGCACAAACAAGACAAGAUUUAUUAAUUUGGUUUGGUGAUUUGGUUAAUUUAAGUCAUUUACGUAGAGGUUCUCAUGCCGAUUUUAAAAAAUUACCAAGUGAUGGAAUUAUGUUUAAUAUUUCCAUGAUUUUAAUUAAAUUAAGUUUACCAAUUUUAGAUUAUCCAAUAUUUCCAAAAAUUGAUAAAAUUGAUGUUGAUUAUUUCUUUAAAAGUCAAUUACUCGAUAUCAAAGAAGAAUCAAGAGUUAAUUCAACAAUUGAAGAAGCUAAUCAAUAUUAUGAAACCAAGAGAUCUCAAAUUACUGAUUUAUCGAAACUCCCACCACCAAAUUUCAUUUCUGAUUGUUUUAAUUUAACUUUGGCAUAUUUACAUUAUGGUAUGGGUGGAGUAUUUAUUAAACAUGAUAGAUUGAAAAGACAAAUCAAACAAGAACAACAAAGAAUAGAUAUGAUUGAACAAGGAAGAUCACUCCCAAAUAUGCCAGGAAUGAAUCCUAUGAUGAUUAGUUUUAUGCGAGCACAAUUACCCAAGAUGAAAAAAUCACUUGAUCAAUUACGAGCAGUUAAACAUUCUAUAACGGCGAUAUUUUCUUAUCGAAUUUUACAAUUGGAUAUAUUUGAUUUUAUAGUUGGUGCAACUACUUUUAUUGUUCGAUUAAUUGAUCCAUCACAUUCAUAUCCUCAAGAAAAAUUAUCAAUUCCCAUUUUCAAGGUUUCUAAAGUUUCAGAAUUAGAUGAUCAUGAUUAUUUAAAAACCAAGACUCCAGAACCUUGGAAAUAUUAUCCUGAAUUCAUGGUGGAAGGGAUUAUUAAUUAUUGUAAAUUCCUGACUAAUUUUAUUGGAUGUCCAUUGGUUGAUAAUCAACCAAAAUUAGAAAUCUUUGUUGAAUUUAUGACUGUAUUGUUAAGAUGUCCCGAAUUGAUUGGUAAUCCUCAUAUGAAGGCAAAUUUAAUAGAAUUGUUAUUUAUUGGUUCAUUACCUUUAAGUAAUGGCGAACCAGGAUUUAUUUCAAAUAUCUUGGCCUCCAAUAAAUUAGUAAUUGAUAAUAUCUUAUAUUCAUUACUUGAUUUUUAUGUUAUGGUUGAAAAGACGGGUGCAAGUUCCCAAUUUUAUGAUAAAUUCAAUAGUAGAUAUUAUAUUUCGGUGAUUUUAGAAGAAUUAUGGAAAAAUCCAUUAUAUCGUCAUCAAUUAACUGAUUAUUCUAAAAAUAAUGUUGAUUUUUUCAUUAGAUUUAUUGCCAGAAUGUUAAAUGAUACAACUUAUUUAUUAGAUGAAACAUUCAAUCUAUUAAAUUCAAUUCAUGAUUAUCAACAAGAACUCAAAAAACGUCAACGUGGAUCCACACCAAAUGAAGAACUCGGAACCACUGAUGAAGAAUUAGCCGACAAUUUACAAUCUUCAGAAGAAAGAGCAAAAUCAUACAUGGGCCUUUCCAACAAAACCAUGGAAUUAUUCAAACUCUUCACCAAAGAAGUUCCCUCGGGUUUUGUCCUCCCGGAAAUCGUCGAUAGAUUGGCCGGAAUGUUAGAUUAUAACCUUUCAAUCAUGGUUGGACCCAAAUGUUCAAACCUCAAAGUUGAAUCCCCGGAAAAAUACGAUUUCGACCCCAAAAGAAUCCUAACCGACCUAUGUCAAAUCUACGUCAAUUUAUCAUCCCAAUCAAAAUUCAUAAUUGCAGUAGCCAGAGAUGGUAGAUCGUUCAAUAUUCAAUAUUUCAAAAAAGCAGAACAAAUCCUCACCACCAAAACCUAUGUCCCCCAAGCUAUCAUUACCCAAUUCUCGAAAUUCGCAACCAGGGCAGAAGAAACCAGAAUCGAAGAAGCUAAUGAGGAAUUAGAACUCGGGGAAGUUCCCGAUGAAUUUUUGGAUCCAUUGAUGUUUACAAUCAUGGAAGAUCCGGUGAUUUUACCAAGUAGUAAAAUAAGUAUUGAUCGUGCUACUAUUAAGGCGCAUUUAUUGAGUGAUUCUAUUGAUCCGUUCAAUAGGGCGCCGUUGAAGUUGGAGGAUCUUGUUGAUGAUGUGGAGUUGAAGAGAAGGAUUGGGGAGUGGAAGAUGUCGAGAAAGAUGCAGAGUGGGGGUGGUGAUGGGGAUGUGGAGAUGAAGGAUGAUUAG